AUGCUGAACUUCAAUGUACCACUGCUCUCAACCAGGCGCCUUGCAAACUCCGGCAGUGUAGAUUUACAAGGCGCAUCGCUGAGCACAAGUGACAGAAUUCCGUUUUCCUGGGAACAAGUUCCUGGCAAGCCCAAGGACUUGAACACAAGUGAUGAUGUCCAUGAUGGGGACACCCCUCGACCCAAGCUACCUCCAGGAGGGUGGCGCCGGCCUCAUGAUCUCGAUGAUGGAUGUGAGGGCGAUGAUGAUUUUGAUGAUGAUGUUGGUGACGUUGAUGGCGAUAUUGACAACGUUGAUUACAGCAACGAUGCUUUCUCAGAUGCCAUAGAUGUGUUCUCAUUGUCAGAGGCAAUAGACAUUGUGGAAAAGAAAGCACAGAGAGAACAUGAAACAACAGAUAGUUUGAGGUCAAAGCUUGCAGAAGAGUCAAGGGAGAUGAACCAAAAGUGCUCAAAUUUCAUAAUCGAGAGGUUUCUUCCAGAUGCCACUGCAUUGGCUGCAUCAUCUGCUCUACAGCUAAAUGAGUCCCAGAUCAGUUCAAGCAAUGAGCUUUGUUAUCCAUGGAAUUAUCCAGAGCCAGAGGCUUGUGUUUCAAGAACAGUCUGCAGGCAAUCGUACUCUUCACCUAAGGGUUGUGGCUUGCAUGUUUUCUUCCCUUGGCGCAUGAAGCACAAGCUCUGUGGAAUUAAGAGCCCUGUCAGUGCACAAGCUCAUUGCAGUGUAAAACACAAGAAACAUAGAUCAUAA